ACUUGCUUGCUCUUUCUCGAUCCUCUCUCAAAAUCGCUGCUCUCAGUUCCUCUCUCACCGCCGGCCGCCGCUCUCAAUCCCUCUCUCACUGCUCUCAAUCUCUCUCCCUCACCUCGCCGUAACGCCGUUCAAUCUUCCGCCGCAGCCGCAUCACUGCUCAGCUCACCGCGCCGCACCGCACUCACUCUUUCUCUUCGUCUCGUUUGAGAACUAAACGUAGUAUAGAAGAAUCUUAAACAUUCUCGAAUCUUGACUCAAAUCAAGCACUCCGGCGGUGGUUAUCGUCCUCGACUUCACCGGAGAAUGCAAACAGCCUGAGCUAAACUAAUCAGUCGUUUUCCGGUAAAAUUUGCAGAUCGCCACCCUCCUCGCCGCCAUGUCGAUCGAGGAGCUGAAAUCUGUUAUGGAAGAACAUUUUGAUCUUAUGUCAGAUCUUGUUCAGAAAAUUUCUUCUGAACUUAGUUCUAACCUUCGUCCUGCUUACGAUAACUUUUUGGGUUUUUUUCAUGCCAUUGAUUGGAAGGAACCCUGGCUACUGGGAUUGUUAACAUUCCAUGUUGUAUUGCUGCUUGUAACUAUCAUCUCUAGGAGGAAUACCAACUUUCAGAUGUUCUUGUUCCUUUUGACGUUGGCUGGUGUAUAUCUUGCUGAGAGACUGAAUAGUUUUUUGGGGGGAAAUUGGAAAAACUUCUCUAGUCAAAACUAUUUUGAUCCAAGUGGAGUAUUUAUGUCGGUUCUUUGGUCUGGACCUCUUCUUGCAUUGGCUAUGAUAAUCCUGAUCAAUACACUCUUUUCUCUGUGUUACUUGAUUGUUAAGUGGAAAAGAGCUGAACUAAGACAUCGUGCAAGGGCUGCUCGUAGUAAACAAGAAUAAUUGAAUGUAGUCACAUUUUGAUGUAUUAAGUAUGGAUUUUGUGUCAAUCAGGUGAAUCAUACAAAAGAGUUUUGUCUUUCUUUUUUCCUUAUAUACAAAGUUUUUUAUUGAUAGCUCA